UUUGACAUCAAAACGUUUACGCUAGCACUUGCAAUUACCGAUGACAUCAUUCAGAAAGCCUUUUGUACUGUGAUGCUUCUAUGUUGUGACGAACAAAAUUGUUAAAAGUCUGCCUAUAUUAACUCAAUUUCACCACUUAUUUCACCUGCAUAUAUUCAAACUUGUCAACACUAUGUCAGCGCCAGUGGCGGUUAGACCAUUGGGUGUGGGUGGUCGUACAUUUGAUCAACGCAGAAAUAUUAGACCGAGGCGUGUUAUACGUAAUGUGAAGCGCGGAGGUGUCAUCCCGACACAUUCUCUAGCUAAGACUAGACUCAUUCACCGGAGUGACAAAGACAGAUUUGCUGCUGAUCUCGACACGGAAAUAGAGAAAUUUUUGGCCGUUGGUAUAGAUCUGAAUGACACAAACAACGAAGCAACACAAAAAUUGUUAAUGAGGCAUCUAAAGGCUGUUUGUCGGCCAAUGAAAAUUAAGAAAAUGCUCAGAGACAGGGUGCGUUUGGGAAAAAUUAAAAAAGAUGGUAUAUUUAACUUUCGUAAGUGUUGGAGAAGAUUCAAGUUUCGUAUGCAAGCAUUUUGUCGGCUAUUUACAAUAUGGAGUAGCUCUCUUCACAUUAUAGAAAGUCACCAGGGGUCAGGAGUGUUGUCGUUCUUCGUCUUCCUGCGCUGGUUGUUCGGUCUGAAUGUGUUCCUUUCCAUCUUAGUGGGAUGUUUCAUGACAGCACCAACGCAUUAUGCAGCACAGACCAACAUCUCGGCACUCAAUCACACUGCCUUUGAUGCCAACUACAGUCGGGAACUGUUCAUUGUAGAGAACUGCACAUUCAACUAUUUCAACAAAGUUCAAGAGGAGAUAACCUCGGAAUUCUCUUUUAGCAGCUUCUUCCAAGGAAGUGGCUGGAUGGAACUUUCCUACAUGUUCUACGGAAGCUAUGCGGACACUCAGACCGUGAACGAUGACACAUACAACAAGUCCUUUGCCUACCUUAUCGUCUUUCUGUUUUGUCUCUUGCUUUGCUUCAUUUUGAUGGCUAACUCCAUUUCGCAUGAUUUACGACAGGUCGUGAAGGAUGUGUCUGAUCUGCACAGUCUUGUUAUUAACAUAGUGUUUGGGAGUUGGGACUACAGCCUGACUGAUCACCAAAUGGCGGCCAGAAAACACAAACAGCUUUUCUACCACAUAAUGACCGACCUAUAUGAGCGGAGGUUUAACGAGCAGUAUAAACUGAUCAUGUCUAGCUGCAGUAACAGGUUCAAGCUGUACAUUGUGCGAGUGAUCGCCAAUAUAUUCGUCAUACUGUCGCUGUGUGGCUCGGCCUACCUCAUCUACAUCACUACACGCUGGUCGAGUAUGGUAAUGUUCACAGGUGAGAAGGGUGGAAUGAUGUAUACUCUUUUAAUUGAAUUUCUUCCAUCCAUCAUGCUGUUCGCGAUGGAUGCAGUUGUGCCAUUCGUCUUUGAUUACAUUUCUACGUUCGAGUUCUACCGACCGUCCUUAAUCAUCAAAAUUAACUUGGUCAGGGUUGUCUUUCUAAAACUAGCUUCGUUAGCCGUUGUUAUGGUAGGUGUUUAUACAGAAGUGCAGUGUCAGCCAAAAGAUGAAUGUAGAGUUGGAAUGGGGUCAUGCUCAAAGAUACAGUGCUGGGAAACAUUUGUUGGACAGCAGAUAUAUAAAAUUCUCAUCAUGAAUUUUUUCACCUCAGUCUUCAGAGUGUUUUAUUUAGAGAUUCCCAGAAGAAUACUUGCAAGAGAUUCCAACAUCCGAUGGAUAAACAGACUUGGACCAUGUCAGUUCGAUAUACCGGACAAUGUACUUGAACUGGUGUGUCUACAAGCCAUGAUCUGGUUGGGGUUUUUCUUUGCACCACUUCUCCCUCUUUUUGGUGCAGCAAAUCUCUUCUUCAUGUUUUAUUCUAAAAUGCUGUCUGCGACAUAUGCGUGUAAUCCGUCUGACCGGCCGUACCGAUCAUCGCGGAUCACAUCGUUCUUCAUGAUGAUCCUCAUGUUUGCCUACCUCCUCUGUCUCCUGUCCACGGUCUACGCCAUCGCCUUCUUAGAGCCUUCCAGAUCAUGUGGUCCAUUCCGAACCUUCCAGUACACCUACACUCUCUUCAAGGCUGUGAAAAGCGUAUAUCCAGAUUGGUUGCUGACCUUUAAUUACUUGGCCACGUCAGCAAUAAUAUUAUUUUUGCUAGUUUUCGUAUUGCUUAUGUUGCUCUGUUUUUGUUCAAGACACGUGGCUGCUCACAAUGCCAAAUCUGGCUACCUGAUGAAUCAGUUGUUGGUGGAGCGUAAUGACAAACAGUUCCUACUGACAAAGGUCUACGAGUACACUAAACAGACUGGGAAACCUAUGGCAAGGAUACCAUCAGACUUAAGCAUGACCACAGAUGCAACCAAACUACCAUCCAUGUUCUCAACAGAAAUGAAUAACUCUGCAACACAGACAGAAUUGCUGUCAUCAGCCUGGUACACAUCAGAAAUUAAUAACUCUGCUGCUAAAGGCAGCUAUAACUGGGCAGUAUCACAGACAAGACUGCUGUCCUCAAAGAAUUACCCAUCAGAAGUGAAUAUAUCUGCUGCUAAAGGAAGUUACAACUCAACAGAAGCAGACUUGUUGACAGAAUUAGAAAGGACAUCAACAUUGUGUAAAACUGACAGGAAAGGUACAGUUGACAGCAAUAGUUGUGGCAGAGUGACGCCCAGUGACAGUAGUAGCAGACUGAGAGGCCACAACAAAAUCCAGCCUUUUGUUAGCAAUAGUCACGACGGCAGAGACAGACAAGGUAGCAGGCUCGGGAACGAUGGAAUCACUGGACUUGAUGUCAGAGAGGGACAAGACAGCAGAAACCAGCCUCCUAUCGGCAGCCAACAGAGGGACAAAGAGAGACAAGGUAGCAGACUUGAUGGCAGAGAGGGACAAGGCGGCAGAAUCCAGCUUCCUGUCAGGAACAGACCGGGGGACAGAAAAAAGCAAAGUAGCAGGCCUGGGACGGAUGGAUUGAGUGGACUAGAUGAGAAAGGACCAGAUCACAGAGUGAAACGUGACACUAAAGUUAGAGACACGAAACACAAAGCCAAGACCAGUGUUAAAUUCAGCAGAGAGAAAUCCAUUAGCAGAAAAAAAAAUGAAAGCAGAAAGUCAUGAACUCGAUGGAGCACAACUACAGACAGUUCUGACAGAAAGGAAAACAAAAUGGCAGCAAACAGCACAGUGGCUGAAUCGCAGCAAACAGGCCUACAGUAGAUCCCAACAAAACUAUGUAGUGGAAGGGAGUUUGAAUCAUACUCCACCAUCACGCAUCAUAUGGAUAUGCAUAAACACACACACAUGCUCACACAUACACACAUGCUCACACACACACACAUGCUCACACACACAUGCUCACACACACACACAUGCUCACACACCAUGCUCCACAUUCACUCUCCACACUCGAGUGUGUGCACACACACAUGUUCACACACACACACACACAUGCUCACACACACAACAUGCUCCACACUCACACUCCACACGAGAGCGUGUGCACACACACAUUUGUUUGUAAACAUAAAUGCAUACAAAUGUGCUCACGUUUAUGCAUACUCACUCACACAUUGCAUAUGUAUUUUGAUGAUAUACACAUAUACAAGAUUAUAAGCUGAACAUGUGUUGUAUAACAUGUAUAUAUAACAGAGUUCAGGAAUUGUUUGAGGAGGUUUUCCAAGUUACGAUGAAGCAAAACAAUGCUAUUUGAAAACCUUUGUUUUCAUCGACUGUGAUAGCUUUGGACACCUUAAAGUUUCAGUCAUGUGAUGUCAAAGCUUGUUGACUCUUCGUAUCACAAUUUUGGGUAAAAUCUUUAUAGCAUGUUAAAUUAAUUUUAUACAAUAUUUAAAACACCUUUAUCUAAUUUUUUAAACUGAAUAUUAUUAUUCAUAUUCCCAUCACCUAUGUUUUUAAACAUGUUUGCUCCAAAGAAUUAAAAUUGGAGUAAAUUUUAAUAAGAUUACUUACUUGAUGAUAGUAAUACAUCAUAUAUGCUACUAAUUUAUUAUUAAUCCAGUUACAGCCGUGUCGCAUUAGUCUGUGUGGCACAUAAGUCUGCACAUCUUUACGUUGUGUUAUUUCCGUAAACAAGCAUUCAGGUGUGUUUGUAAACAAACAAACAGCGUUGUUUGAAAAAAAAAUUAAUCAUCAAAUCCUGACAGUAAAUGUACAUUUAUACUUUGAAAAAUAACAAUUUCAUUCAAUAAUCACUGAAUUAAUUUGUUUAGGGACAUAGUUUUGUCAGCACGAUCAAACAGCAUUUCUGGGCUCCUGUCAUUCAAGCCGUAGUAAUCACUUUCUAAUUUCUACUCACACGAGCUUAGUUAAAGAAAUAAAUUAUAUACAUUACAGCAGUUUAUGAAUUUAUAAAUGAAAUAAAAGUUAUAUUUUACCGAUUAGAGUAGACAUCCAAGUAUAACUUGAAUUUCCCUCCGAAUGACACUGAAGCCGAUCAAAAUGGCUGUUAUCCACUGUACAGAUGUAGAUCACAUGACUUAUUCUCGCUAUAUUCUGUCUCAUAAUUUGGACUCAUAAGCUUUUAAAGUGUUAAUCAAUUGUAUGUUGUUCGCGUCAAUUUAUACAGUUAAUAAAUAACCAUGUUUUGAAAAGAUAAUCACCAUUUAUGUUCACACUGACUUUGUUACGUUCUUUUUAAAGCUAGGUAGCAAGGGACAUCAUUUAUAAACAGUGGAUUUAAAUAAACUAAAGUAAUCUGAAAUUACCUAUAAAACAAAGUGUGGUCGCUUAUUAUAUUUUGGUGGCAAAUUACAUUAUCGGUUUGUCGGUUCUGUAAAUGGAAGUUUGAGGAAAAUAAAUUUUAGUUGUUACUGUGCAGACUUAUGUGGCAUGAUGCCAGUCAGUAAAUACAGUGGGUUGCCACUAAUAUCGACCUCGCUGCCAGAGUUUGAUAGAAAUAAUUCAACUUUAACUUAACAAUAGUAACAUGUUUAUUGUUCAGCUGAAAUAUUUGCCUAUAAAAGUUUUAAAAAAUUUAUUGAUCGAUUUUGCCUAAAAUAUUCACACAAAUGCUUAGUUGCACAGACUUUAGUGCCAGCAGUGUAUACGUUUUAUCAACUGAAAAUAUUUAGUACUGGGUACUAAAGAUUGUUGUUUGUUUGUUUGUUGUUGUUUCUUUAUACUGAACAAAAAAGAAAGAGGGAUCAUGGAAUGAGCUCAUAGCCAUGUCAGAUGGCAAGGACGUCACUGGCAUCCAGUGUGGUUCACAGACUCACCUCUGUUCGGAUUAUGGUGGCAGUAGGUGAGUGUUGAGACAGACAGGUCAGCAAUAAGCUUGUAUGCUUGGUGUGCAGUGGCAGAGUACGAUUGCUUAGGAGAGGACUCGUUAUUGAUUUGGGUGGGAUAUCUUUUGACUCUCACACCUUUCAAAUCCACCAGUGAUUCUUCAUAAGCUAGUGAAUGGACCAAUCUUCCCCAUCAGAACAUCGUUAACCUCAUCCAGGCCAUACAGCCACCGUCUAGCAGUUCUUAACAACACACUACAAUGGCUGCAGCUGUCACAAAUGUUAAAAGUCCAUUUUAUAACAAGCAUUUGUUUCAUAAAGAUGUGCAAUUCACAAAUGUGAAGACAUUUUGGUCCACAAACUAUUUCUGCUUUUUAUAGUGAUUCAUAUGCAUUGGAUGAGUAUUGUCAUUUCAUGACAGUGUACAAUUUCAUGAUCCCCAAUGUUUUUUGUUUAGUAUAUUAUAACAAACUUGUUCUGUGAUAAUAUUAAAGCCUUAUCUCAUAA